GCUGCAAGUUGUUACAAAGACACAUACACCGAAGAUUUUUGGACAGAGGGCAAGUCAGAUCAAAAGUAAUCAAUACUCAGUGCAAUCGCUACCAACCAGUUGGAUUCAGCCGCAGGGAACCUUCACCUAACCCAGAGAGACAUUAUUUUCAUCACAGGAAAAUAACGUCGCAGAGAAAGCACUGAACCACAAGGUUGCAAAAGUAAAACAGUUGAUUCAGAACUGUCAUCGAGCACAGCAAGCAUGGACAAGUCGUCGGGUUCUGCAAGAACUCCGAUUGCAGUUGUAGGAAUCGGAUGCCGCAUGCCUGGAGGUGUCACCUCCCCCAAAGAAUUCUGGGAUGUCUUGGUUCGGGGUGACGACAUGAUCAGUGAGGUUCCUCCAGAUAGAUGGUCUUUAGAAACAUUCCAUGACCCUAACCAAUCUAACCACAGCAAAAUGGUAACAAGACGGUGCGGCUUCAUCCAUGAUAUCGACAAGUUUGACAACACCUUCUUCAAGCUUUCACCCCGAGAGGCAAGCGCCAUGGACCCCCAGCAGCGUCACAUCCUCGAGGUCACCUAUGAGGCAUUUCAGGAUGCAGGGAUUGUCCCGAGCACCUUGGGAGAUUCCUGCGGUGUCUACAUCGGUGUUGGCAUGAUGGAUUACACAGUGGUUUUGCUGGAUACAUCUAUCAUCAACCCUUACACGCUAACAGGCAUCGCACACUCUACUAUCUCUAACCGUAUCUCGUAUGGUCUUCGUGGUCCCUCAUUCUCUGUCGAUACAGCCUGUGCUUCUUCCAUGACAGCGAUGCACAGUGCCUGCAAUGCUAUCUGGGAUGGUGAGUGCACUGUUGCGGUUGCAGGAGGGUGCAAUAAUAUACUGAUCCCUGAGGGCACCGUUGGUUUCAGCGCUUUGGGCGUCUUAUCACCCGAGGGAAAGUGCUGUCCAUUCUCCGAUACUGCAAAGGGCUACGUAAGAAGUGAAGGUUGGGGCGUCUUCAUCCUCAAGCCACUUGACUUAGCGCUGGCUGACAAUGACCACAUCUACUCUGUCAUCCGUGGUAGUGCCAUUGCUGCAAAUGGUUUCAGCAAGAGUCUGACAAUGCCAUCAGCACCUGCCCAAGAGAUGGUAAUGAAGAACGCGUAUGAGCGCUUUGGAGUGCCGCUGUCUUCUGUUCAGUAUGUUGAAGCACAUGGGACAGGCACGCCUGUAGGUGAUCCCAUCGAAGCUGGUGCUAUCGGUCGCACCUUUCGCCAUCAGAAAGACACUCCAAUCAAAAUAGGAUCCGUGAAGAGCAACUUCGGCCACAAUGAGUGUGCUGCUGGGAUCACCGCUGCCAUUAAAGUGGCUCUCAUGUUGGAGAACAAGAUGCUCGUACCCACCAUAAACUUCUCAAGUGCUAACCCAGAUAUUGACUUGAGGGAGCUCAAUCUCCAAGUUCAGACAAAAAAUGAGCGAAUAGAGACCAACCAAGAUGACGAAUACACCAUUGGCCUUAACAGCUUUGGAUUCGUUGGGGCAGUUGCUCACAUGAUCUUCCAAAGAGGGCCUAAGGUAAUCAAGAGGAUAAAGCAGACAAAAUCCGCCGGCUGGAAGUUUGGCGAUGAAAGGGUUGGCUGCCCAAUUAUUCUGCCACUCUCAGCGAAAUCGGGAGGAGCUCUCAAGGAUCUUGCCAAGAAAUGGAUAGAGUUUGAAUGUGACAAAGAUGCCCUCAGCGUGACAUCAUGGCAGGCAACUCGCAGAGAACAUCAUACCUACCGGAUGGCUGUCAUUGCUGACUCCACUGCCUCUUGCAGACACAGCCUUAAGGGAUUUCUUGAAGAUGCUGGAUCAGAGUCUGUAGUAACAGGAACAGCUCCUCAAGAAAAACCACGAGUCUGCUUUGUUUUCCCCGGCCAAGGGCAGCAGUGGGUGGACAUGGGCCGGGAACUCUACAAGGCUGAGAGUGUCUUCAGGGACACUAUCAAUACUUGUGACAAAAUCUUCAAGAAGAUGUCUGGGUGGUCUCUGCUUGAAUGCUGUGGAUUGUUCAGUAGCCAUCCCAUCCGGCAGGAAAUCUCUCCCUACACAUCUGUAGAAAAUGCCCUCAGUCAAGUGGAAGUCAUCCAGCCUGCCAUCAUGUUUAUCCAGGUGGCACUCUACCAACUUUGGCGACACUGGGGAGUGCAGCCUGAUGUUGUAGUAGGGCACAGCCUUGGAGAGAUCUCUGCAGCCUAUGCAAGUGGUGGUCUUACCUUAGAGGAAGCUGUAGCUGUCAUAUAUCAUCGAAGCCAUCAACAAGCAAAGCAAGAAGGCACUGGUAGAAUGGCUGCCCUGCGAGCUACAAAAGAACAAGCAGAAAAGAUCUGUCAGCAGCACCAGAAUCUUUACAUAGCAGCUGUUAAUGCACCUGGAGCAAUUACUCUUGCUGGCAACCGAGAUGUCAUAGCUACAGUAGUUGAGCAGAACCCUGGGAAGGCCAAGCAGCUCCGCGUUACUUGUGCCUUCCAUACUCCAGAGAUGGACCCGAUCAAGGAACCAUUCGCCAAGGCCAUGGAAGGUGUUGUCAAGAGUGAGCCCGGCAAGAGAGAUGUGCCUUACUUCUCCACUGUGACAGGCGAAUACUAUGAUGGAAGUUUUGGCACUGAUUACUGGUGGAGCAACAUCCGAGGUGCCGUUCUUUUCCAGCCUGCCAUUGAAGCUGUUUUGCAGGAGACAAAGGCCAGUGUUUUUCUCGAGAUUGCAGCCUCAAAUACACUGCUGUCUUCUGUGAAACAGAUUGCCCGUGAUUUAGACGCCAAGCACCCACCUGUCACUAUCAACUCCAGCCUCCGAGACAAGAACGACCUGCAAAGUAUCCAAAGAGCAGUGGGCAGUCUAUACGGUAAUGGAGUGUCUUUAAACUGGGUGGCAAUUACUCAUGGAUCGGCUGAAUGGGCACCAGUUCCAACAUACCCAUGGCAACACCAGUCUUUCUGGUUGGAGACAGAUGAGAGACAGAAGCGUCGCCUUGGUUUGGAUGACCAAACUUUUAAAGGGCAAAACGGCAACUUCACCCUGGAGAUGUUUCCUUUCUUUGCUGAUCACGUAGUAAGCGACCGAAUCAUUUUCCCUGGUGCUGGCUACAUUGAGUACAUGACACAGAUGACUUUCGAGGAAACUGAAAAACCAGCUUUCAAGAACAUCAAUUUCACCCGUGUCCUACCAUGGCCAGAAGACAGUGACUCCAAAAAGAGUACCCUAAGACUUGGGCUAGUAGCAGAUGGGACAGGAGUCCAAGUCACCUGUGACAGCAAUCCACACUGCAAUGCUCAGAGAAGUAUCCCAAAAAAAACAGAUGUAGAAGAGCGCCUCCCUCUUGAGAAAAUUACAGAGCGAUGCUCAACUGAGGUAACAGGUGAGGAGUUUUACGCCAGGCUUCAAGGUAUUGGUCUUUCUUAUGGGCCAGCUUUCCAGAUGGUGGACAGGAUGCUCCUUGGUGAUGGAGAGGCACUUGCUUUUAUGCAUGUUGUUCCUGACAACAAACAGAGAAUCCAGGUAGCCCAUUUGGAUGCAACUUUCCAACUCGCUUUGUCAGCUCUGGGCUCCAACAGCACUAUGUACCUUCCUGUACACAUCAACUCCCUUGAGAUGUCCAGAGAAUCUAUUCCAUCUGGAGAACCCAUUCUAGCCUACACAAGAAUUACAGACUGUGACACCGUGACACUUACAGCUGACAUCAUCAUGGCUACAGACCAAGGUAAAAUCCUGGCAACUUUAAAGGGCUUCCAAGGACAGAACUUCAGCGGUAACCACUCUGACGUUCCAAUUGAAUCGUGCAUCUACACCACCCAGUGGCAACCAGCUUCAGCCAAUACGUUGCCCACUACAGUUCUUAGAGAGGUAUUUGAAGAAAGUAAUCUUCGUCAGACAUAUAAGGAUGAGAUGGAAGCAAUUGAUCGGGCUGAGGAGGUUCUUGAUGAUGUAGAGGCUGUGUGCGUCUCUUACAUCAAACAUGCCCUUGACACAGUACCAAUAGAAGAGCAUGCACAGGGUAAGAGCUAUGCCAAAUACAUAAAACUGUUUAAAAGUAUCGCUGAAAAUGCAAGAAAUAAAAACGUCAAGUACAGCGAAAUACCUACACUGCUGAAGAAGAUCCUCCACCAUGUACCCGAGUUUGAAUCAGAAAUGAAACUGAUGCAGACCCUUGGUGAAGCCUUGCCUGACACACUUCGUGACCCACAAGUUGCUGUUUCUAUCAUGUUUGGUGCUGAAGGACUAGAGAGUUACUUCUACGAUUCACUCACCACUCGCAUUUACUACAAGGCUGGAGCUGAAACAGUUGUCAGGGCUGUUCGAGAAGCUGCCAAACACAAGAGAGUUGUCCGGGUAUUGGAGCUGGGAGCUCGUUACGGAGGUUUGACUCGCUUCAUUGCUAGCCAGCUUAUGGACAUGGGGACUGAACAGAGGCUGGAGUACUUCUUUACUGAUGCAACGACAAUGUUCUUCCAGCAGGCUCAAAGAAAUCUCCAGGAGUUCCCAUUCAUCCAGUACAAACCACUGGAUGCUGAAAGAGAUGCACAAGAUCAGGGGUUUGUUCCAGGCAGUUUCGAUGUAGUAGUUUGUCUGGACACCCUACAUGGAACAGUAGACGUACACCAAAGCAUGGCUUACGUAAAAAGCCUGCUCAGUGCAAACGGGCUGAUGUUUAUAAUUGAGGCAACUAAGUCAUAUCACUUGACUGAACUUAUGUUUGGAACCCUGGAGGUCUGUUGCGUGUUUGAUGAUUUCCGUAAGGAUCGUUGCUGGCUGACUCACCAAGGCUGGUUAGAUGUCAUGAAAAAGGUUGGGCUCAGAGAUAUCUCAUCAGCAUCUACUCCAAAUGAGUUUUUCCACUCAGUUUUCGUUGGUAGGAAGCCCUCCACCUCAGAACAUAAACCUUUGACGACAACUAUCCAGCAAGACAAGCUACUCGUAGUUCGAGAUGGCAACAACAAGUUCUUGACAGAGUUCCUUCCUUACUAUCAUGGUGAGGUUCAGAUCAUACAGUUCUCUGAGAUAAAGUCACUUGAUCGUUUGCUCAGUGAGCAAGACACAGCUAUGGAGAUGAUGUAUAUCCAUAGCGAAGAGGAUUCUGAGCUUCAUGCUCUCCUGAAACUCUUCCAGGGAGUGGAAUCGUACCCAGCAGUUGCAAAGCGUGUGUGGGUUGUGACCAGAGGAGGGAAUAUGGAUUCAUUUCGUCCAAAUGGAUCCCUGGCUGUUGGCUUAACCAGGGCAGUCAGCAAUCAGAUUCCAGGCGUGCCAGUUUUCUCUGUAGAUUUAGAUCCCACAAUAUCUUUUAGCGAGUGUGUUCAAGAGAUGUUGAAGCUGAUGAAGGAUCAAGAUCUUGGGGAACAGGAGCUUGUAAUCCGAAAGAAUCAGAGGCUUGUUCCACGGGUUAUACAUGAGGAAUUGCAUAAGGGCAAGAACAUAGUGUCCAUGGAAUGGCGAAUGGAGCAGAAUCUAGCAGGCAAGACUUAUAAAGGGGCUUCUAUCGAUGAUCUUGCUUUCCAUGAUGUCAGUGUUUCUGAAAUACCAUCUGGCCACGUUAAGAUUAAAGUUAAGGCAGCUCCUCUCAACUUCAAAGAUGUCAUGAUGGCACUUGGUCUUCUGGAGGGAUUGGAGAGUGAAACAACUCCAUCCUUUGGUCUCGAAUGUGCUGGAGUUGUGGAAGAGGUCGCGACCGGGGUAUGUGGUUUCAAAGCUGGUGACAAAGUCAUUGCAUUUGGAAAAAGCUGUUUUGGUUCCCAUGCGAUUUGUGACGCAAGGCUGACCGCCUUGAAACCUGAAAAUCUUAGCCUUGUGGAUAGUAGCAGUGUUGGGGUGGUUUUUGUGACGGCGUAUCUUUGCUUGAUCGAACGUGCCAACCUCAAGAAGGGUGAGACUGUCUUGAUUCACUCAGCAUGUGGGGGAGUAGGUCUAGCGGCAAUUCAGAUUGCUGAAAUGACAGGCGCCAAGAUCAUCUGCACAGCUGGUACAGAAGAGAAGAGGAGGUAUCUACAGAAGGAGCUUGGUAUUGAGAUGGUCAGUGAUUCUCGAUCACCUUGCUUUUAUGAUGAUGUUAUGAAGUGGACCAACGGCAGGGGAGUGGAUGUGAUUUUGAACUCUCUUUCUGGCAAACUCCUUCAAACAGGUACCACACUCCUGGCUUCGGGUGGAAGAUUUUGUGAGAUUGGAAAGAAGGAUAUCCUGCAGAAUUCUAAUCUCCCCAUGGGCUUCUUCCUGAAAAACAGGGUCUUCCAUUCCUGUCAACUAGAUGUCUUGAUGAAGGAGCAGCCAGAUGUUGUUCAGAAUAUCAUGCAGCAGGUUGUUGGACUAUUUCGCAAGGAGAAGCUAAGGCCUAUACCAGUCACAAUAAAAGCCAUUGAUGAGUUCAAGGAAACAUUCUGGAUGAUGUCAAAGGGUGCACACAUUGGUAAGAUCGUGUUUGAAGUACCGGAAGAUUUCAUGCCAACAGAACUCCAACCUGCCAUUAAUCAGUUUAAAUCAAAGGCCACCUACAUAAUCACUGGUGGGUUUGGCGGCAUUGGGCAAGCUCUCUCAAGAUGGCUAUGUCAAAAUGGUGUUAAGCACAUUGCCCUUGUGUCACGAGGAGGGGCAAAGACAGCAGCUGCGAGGAGAACAGUUAGGUACCUGAAGCACAACAAUGUAAAUCUUCACGAGUUUUCACUGGACAUAUCCAGCAAGCAGAGUGUUGCGUCAAUGCUGGAAAAUCUUCGAGAUGACAAGAGAGUCCCUCCAAUCAGAGGCAUCUUCCAUCUGGCAGGCGUCAUUGAAGAGGAAAAUUUGUCAGAGAUAACAUUUGACCAGCUGUCCCGCAUUCUGGGUGCCAAAGCAAAGGGAGCCAGAAUCCUCCAUGAGCUGACUCAAGAGGACCAACUUGACAUCUUCUUCAUGCUGUCUUCGAUUUCCACUACCUGGGGACAUCAAGCACAACCGAUCUACUGUGCCGCUAAUGCCUACCUUGAUGCCUUGGCUGAGAAGAGACACAACUGUGGGUUGCCUGCACUGUCAGUGCAACUGGCUCCAAUCAGAGGUGCAGGUUACUUAGAAGACAAGGCAGAGACUGUCAAAGUUUUGGCCAUGAAGGGGAAACAUCAGCUGCAUAUUGAUGAGUUUCUUGCAGUAUUGGGCCAGCUUCUACCCAGGAAAGAUCUCCCUUGCAUCUGCCUUGCAAAUCAGGACUGGGGAGCGACGCAGCAGUUCUGCUACAAGAACAUGCUGAAAUUCCACCACUUGGCGGCACACAACUCAAAUUCAUCCAGUGGAGAGGCUUGUUGCCUGGAUGCUGCAGACUUGGAAGCCAGCGUCAAAUCCAAGAUGGCUGAACUUCUCUGCAUGCCAGAGGAAUCCAUUGACGUCACUCAGCCCAUGGUGAACUAUGGCGUGGACUCUCUGGUUGCCUUGGAAAUGGUGAACUGGGCCACCAAUCAGCUAGGAGUAACCAUCUCUCAACUGGACAUUUUGGGUGGUAUUUCUACGGCUGGUUUGCUGGAGAUGGCAACAGAGCCCAUCUAAAUGGAACUGAAAGUCAUGUGUACUGGUAAAAGAGGGCUAACUGUGUCCUUUCUAAAGGUAUAUUAUUGUUGAGGUAAGACAAACACAAUAAAUUCUGAACAAGCAUGAACUUACGAACUUUGAAACCAAAAUUUACAAACUAAAAUUUUGAAAAUGAAGGAUGUUUAGAAUGUUUGAGAUAAAUGACAAAAUCGAUGUACACAAAUUAUACCGGAGCUUUUAUUGAAAACAGUUUAAACAAAAUAGAAAUACCCUAUGAAUAUAUGUUUGGUCAAAUAUUACUUAAGUUGACGUAUAAAAGCACAAAUGCCUUAUUCAUAUAUAACAUUAAAAGUUAAAAUACAGAAGUGUCAAAAGUCAGGGAAUUCAUUUUUCCACAAGAUUUUGUUUUCAAUGGAUAACCAUGAACACGUAGUAAGAAAUUUGUAUUUUAUGGUGUACCUACUAUGCAGAUAGAAAAUAUGUGAGCAGUGUCCCUGCUUUUGAAGGUCUUCAUGUUUUUUGCUUUGUAUUGUUUAUUUAAAGAGUAGAUUAGAUAUAAUGUUCUUUGAAGCAUUAACAAAUACCAAUAAAGUAUUCAGGAAUAAAUAAUUCAAGUUUAUUUUCCAAACAUGAAAAACAGCCGCGCUAUUUUAAAUUUAGCUUGAAUCAGAAAAUUGUUAUAUGUAUCAUACUGUGCAGAAAGUGUGCAUUUUCUGUAUUGGGAAAUUUAAGCUUUUAUUCUAGUCAGAGUUAACUGCCGGCGCUAAAGUAAGGAAGUUUCUACAACUUAUGAAGUUACACAAAGGAAGCACAGUUCCCAGCAACUGAACGUAAUUUAUCACUGAAUUCUGUAGCUAAAGUUGAGUACUUUGCCAGCGAGUUGAAUCACUCACGCAUUGCAAAUUCUAUCAGGUUGUCACUCAGAAUUGAGACUCGAGCCAUUCAACUCGCUUUCAUGAUUCAAGUGAUAGCCUGGUGUAGAAAUACUUCAAGGGCAUUUCAAAUGCCAUUUGCCUUAAAGAAAUACCGGAAAAAUCUAAAUUUUCAAAUGAACAUCUCAGAUCAAUUUUCAUUUUAAUGAAAAAUACAUAUCAUGAAUAUUGCGAUACUGAAGAUAAAACUUUGUUUCCAUAAUUUCAGUUGAUAUGGACACUUUUAUGAGUAAAUGGCUCAAAGUGGGAGGGUUUAGUAAGAAAAAAGAUUUAAAAAUAUUUCAAACCUAUCAGUCAAAUUUUAUAGAUUUUGCAGAUUUUUUGUGUAUUCAGUUAGAUAUGGUUCUACGUGUUAGGGUUUUUUGUAAAAUGUAUAAUGUAAAAAGUUUUAUUAUUUCAGUACUGGAAAUGUUAAAAAUGAUGAAGGUCUUUUCUAUGAAAAGGAAGAAACGUUUGUGGUUUUGCCCCACCCCAUUAGGAUUUUGACUUCUACAAGUCUUUAGAAAUAUGUUUCAGUCAACAUGUUUCACAAUAUCCGUUAUUAUGCUUCAAGGAAGUUAGGUUUUUAUUUUACACAGAAUUUACCGCUUCAGGUGUUACAUUUGAAAAAGGUGAAGUUUGUUUAUGAAAACACAAAAAGGGAAUUAAUGUUCUAAGCAAGAUUUAAUAAUGUGGAACUGUGAUUAAAGUCUUUGAAAAAUGUUUGCUAUCAGGCUAAUGCCACUUUAACUGGAUGUACGCCUAGCUCAUCACUGAAUUUUGUGACUCAAGUUGAAUAUAUGCUCAUAGUGACAAGUUGAGUCAUUCACCCGCUGCAAGUGGAACUGAUUAUGGUAGCUACUUUAAAUUGUGACUCAAGUUGAAUAAUACAUGUAUACUCACA